UCCUGUAAGAUGGCCGCCCCCUUGGUGCUCCUCCGUCGUGGCUCACGGGCGCCGCCAUCUCUCUCGUUUUGCCCAAAAGACAAAAUAGAAUCCAGCUCGCGCCGCCACGGCCUUGGAUAGGACCCAGCCUCUCAAAAAUUAUUCAGCCUAGUGAUUCUGACCGACAACGAGGAGGGAAAGGGAAGGAGGUGUCCAAAAGUGAUUUCAAUUCUUCCCUCUCUGAGCCGUAGCCUCCAUCAUGACCGUUUCCUCCCCGAUCGCUGAGAUGGGCGUGGCCACGUUACGUCAUAGAGCUGGUUGUGGGGCCCGAACUCCAACACGCCGGAAGGCUCUGAGGUCGGGCAGGGCCGGAGGCGUCCCUAGCGACAGCCAGCGAGGGGAUUUGGGCGCGACAGCGGAGGAGUGGGGAUCAUUUUGGAAGUGAAUUCAGUCUUUGGCAGCUGGCGGGAACCUUGAGAAUCUCAGCAGCAGGUUCAUGCUACACAAGUGAAAACAUCUCUGUUACCUGAAACGCUGAUCUCCAGUGCAAACCAUUGUUCCUUAGAAUCAAGUGAAGUAAGGAGAAGGAAGUUCCAGAACCAGGAAAGCAUCACUUCUGGGGAUGCCAUUAAUUUGAGAUGUGAGAACUAUGACCAGAAUUUGAGUGACAAUCUAGAAAAGUAAAAAAAGAAGAAUCCCAGUUCCAGUCAUUUUCUAAGAACAGAAGAAAAUGACCAAGGUCCAGGAAUCAUUAUUAUUUGAAGAUGUAGCUGUGGAGUUCACCCGGGAGGAGUGGAGGCUACUAGACCCUGCUCAGAAGGACCUGUACCAGAAUGUGAUGCUAGAAAACUAUAGCAACCUGCUGUCCGUGGGGUAUCAAAGUCCCAAACCAAUUCAAAUCUUCAGGUUGAAGCAAAGAGACAAACCAUGGUUAGUAAAGGAAAAUAUCCACGGUCAGAACUUUCCAGAAGUUGGAGAAAUUGGUGAUCAUAUGCAGUGGUCUUUGGAAAUCCAAAACAAGCGUAAAAAUAUGGAAAGAGGCCGUGAACACAGUUCAUCGGGAAAUGUGUUUCAUCUGCGCAGAAAUCUUGUUACUUUAAGGCAAAGCCAUGAUAAGUUUGAUGUACUGAACUCUAAUUUAGAUUUAGUUAACCAGAAUAAAAGCUGUGUAGCGAAGAAUCCUGACAAGUUUAAUAAAUAUGAGAAAUCGUUUCUUCGUACUAAGCAUGAAAAAUGUUACACUGGAGUUAAAUGCAAUAAAUAUGGAAACACCAUCUGCACCAAUUCGAAACUCAGUAUACAUCAAACUGAAAAACGAAAGAAACAUGAGUGUAUUGAAUGUGGUAAAACCUUCAUCAAAAAGUCUCAACUCACUGUACAUCAGAGAACUCAUACAGGAGAGAAACCAUAUAAAUGCCUUAAAUGUGGUAAAGCCUUCUGUAGGAAAGCAGAGCUCAAUAUACAUAUGCAAGUGGAAAGAGGAAUAAAACCCCAUGCAUGUAGUGAGUGUGGGAAAACCUUCUCCAGGAAAUCUCAGCUCCUUGUACAUCAGAAAACUCAUACGGGAGAGAAACCCUAUACAUGCAGUGAAUGUGGGAGAGGCUUCAUCCAGAAGGGUAAUUUUCUUAUACAUCAGCGAAUUCAUACUGGAGAGAAGCCCUAUGGAUGCAAGGAAUGUGGUAAAGCCUUCAGUCAUAAGCCAUGUCUCGUUGCACAUCAGGUAUUUCACACUGGAAAUCCUCCCUAUGUAUGCAGUGAAUGUGGAAGAGCUUACUUUCAAAAGUCGAGUCUCAUUAGACAUCAAAGAGGUCAUACAGAAGAGAAACGCUAUAAAUGCAACGUAUGUGGGAAAGGCUAUUCCACGAAGUCAAUACUCAGUAGACAUCAGAGAGUUCAUACAGGAGAGAAACCCCAUGGAUGCAGCAAUUGUGGGAAAGCCUUCUGCCACAAGUCCUCCCUCACUAAACAUAAGAAAACUCAUAUGAAAGAGAAAUAUGUGGAUUCAGUCAAGAUGGAGAAUGAUUUUCUUGGGAACCACAGGUCAUUAUGCACCACAGAACCCGUACAGGAGAAGAACUCUGUUGAAACAAUGACAGUGCAAGGGCCUUCUGUGGCCAUGCAGACAUCAUUAAAUAUCAGUGGGUUCCUAGCCCAAGGGAAUGUAGUCCUUGUGGGACAGCCUGUUGCCAGAUGUGUACCCUCAGGUAAUAACAGAGAAUUUGUACAGGAGAGAAACCUCAUGAAUGCAGUAAAUGUGGUAGUGCCUUCAGUUACCAAUUAUGUCUUAUUUUAUGUCACAGGAAACGUGUAGGGAAGAUUUGGUACGUUCAGUGUGGAAAAGCUUGUAGAUCAAAGUUUUAGCUUUUUAUAUAGUUGAAAACUUUCACUGAGAGAAUGCUAAUGAAUGUAGUGAUAAUGGGAAGAUACACCUCAUUAAGUAUCCAUGGCUCUAAGUAGGUUGAAUUGUAACGAGCUUGACUUCAAGAUCAUCAAUACACAUCAGAAAGAAAUUUUAGGAACGCAGUUGUAUCAAGUCCCUAAGACCACCCUCACAUUUGAUUAUUCUCUAAAAGCAGUCACUAAACUCAUUAAAGCUGCUAUACUUACUGUUACAGUUUAUGACAGUGAAGAGUUACAAAUUAAAAUUAGCAAAUGUAAAAGGUGCAUGAGGCAGACUUUAGGAGAAACCAGGUGCAUCCAGUUGUACUCCCAGUGAAGUUGUAUGGACAGUGUUUAAUUCUUCCAGCAAUGACCUGACAACACAUAUGGCAUAGUGCCAACCAGAGAAACUCACCUGAGCCUUAGUGCCAGGGGGUGGGAGGGGCAGUAAAGGGGUUAGUUAUGGAGGCAUGGAGAAACCACAUGACUGACCUUAACUUCUCAAACUCCAGCCUCCUAAGGAUCAAACUGAUACAGAAUGGCCCAGAGCCCCAGGCAAACAAAAGCAGGUGUUCACCAAAAAUCAUAUUGCUAAUGUAAACUAUGUGGCAUGGCCGAAACCCCAGGUGUACAAAGACACUCUUGGCAGGCAGGAUAUUCCAAGGGCUUAGAGGUUCCUUCUCAGGUGCCAGUCGAGGGUCAUUCCUUUCAUUGGAACGUGCAGGGUCUGAACACCCCAAACUUGCCAAGUCAGCCCCUAAUUUGCACAGCAGUGAAUAGGACAAGGUUUUCAGUAACAUGGUUCCUCAUCAUGUGUCAGAAAUAAGGAAUGGCUAUGGAUACACCAAAUGUGUUGAACCUUUAGCAGAAUGGCAGAGAUCUCACAAAGGAGAUAAGCUGGUGAUUGCAACGGAAAUUUGGAAACUUGUUGACGUAAGUCUACCCUCGUUUUGCAUCAGAUUAACACCCUUAAUGUGUUUUUUUUUUUUUUUGGCUGUACGUGGGCCUCUCACUGUUGUGGCCUCUCCCAUUGUGGAGCACAGGCUCCAGACGCGCAGGCUCA